AUGAAGGUAAUCAAUAACUUGUUAAUAAUAGCUAUUAUAGUGGCUCAGAUUUUAGCAAUCUUUUCGAUCAAAUCGAAUAAUGAUUCUAAGAUAUUUGUUGCAGAGCUGAACAAGCUAUUUAUUAAUGAGAAUGAAACAAUUUCAGAAGAAAAAUACUGUGAAAGCGACAAAAUAACUUGCAAUAUUAAUGGUAACCAGAUUAUUAGUGUUAUAUUAUCUACAAAACUGUCUGGUUUCCCUACAAAAAUCCAGAUAAUUAAGGACACACUAGGAGAUUUAGAAUUGUAUACAAAUUUGAAAGGUGAUUUUCCAGAUGAGAUCUACAGAUUGACAGAACUGGAACAUCUGGUUCUAAUGGGGAGUAAUUUUACUGGACAUUUAAGUAAUGAUAUUGGAAACUUGAAAAAGUUAAUGAAUCUUGAUUUAAGUGGGUCAAGUCUAUCUGGUGAAAUACCUAAUAGUCUGUAUUCAUUGACUAGAUUGCGAUUUCUGGAUCUAAAAGGGAACAAAUUCAGUGGUUAUUUAAAUGCCGACAUCAAAAACUUAAACAAAUUAUAUUAUCUUGAUUUAAGUGGAUCAAGUCUAUCUGGUGAUAUACCUGAUAGCCUGUAUUCACUGACCAAUUUGGAAUACUUGGAUCUAAAAGGAAACAACUUUACUGGCUUUUUAAGUGAUAAGAUUAAGAAGUUGAGAAGAUUAUAUUAUCUUGAUUUAAGUGGAUCACGUCUAUCUGGUGAGAUACCUGAUAGUCUGUAUUCAUUGACCAAAUUGAUAUACAUAAGUCUGCAAGGGAAUAAUUUUGCUGGUCGUUUAAGUCAUGAAAUCAAGACACUGAAUAAAUUAUAUUAUCUUGAUUUAAGUGGAUCACGUCUAUCUGGUGAUAUACCUGAUAGUCUAUAUUCAUUGACUAGAUUGGAAUACCUGAACCUACAAGGAAACAAAUUCAGUGGUUAUUUAAAUGCUGACAUCAAAAACUUGAGUGGCUUAUAUUAUCUUGAUUUAAGUGGAUCAAGUCUAUCUGGUGAGAUACCUAAUAGUCUGUAUUCAUUGACUAGAUUGAAACAUCUGGAUCUAAAAGGGAACAACUUCAGUGGUUAUUUAAAUGCAGACAUCAAAAACUUGAGUGACUUAUAUUAUCUUGAUUUAAGUGGGUCAAGUCUAUCUGGUGAGAUACCUAAUAGUCUAUAUUCAUUGACUAGAUUGAAACAUCUGGAUCUAAAAGGGAACAACUUCAGUGGUUAUUUAAAUGCAGACAUCAAAAACUUGAGUGACUUAUAUUAUCUUGAUUUAAGUUGGUCAAGUCUAUCUGGUGAAAUACCUGAUAGUCUAUAUUCAUUGACUAGAUUGGAAUACCUGAACCUACAAGGAAACAAAUUCAGUGGUUAUUUAAAUGCUGACAUCAAAAACUUAAACAAAUUAUAUUAUCUUAACUUAAAUGGCUCAAGUCUAUCUGGCAAUAUACCCAAUAGUCUGUAUUCAUUGACCGAUUUAGAAUAUAUGAAUUUAGCUGGUAAUAAAUUCAAUGGUUAUUUUAGUUUUCGCAUUGGAUAUCUGAAAAAAUUAACGUAUCUUGAUUUAAGUGGAUCAAGACUAGUUAACACUAUACCUCAUGAACUGUAUUCACUAACUAAAUUGCGACAUGUGAGUUUGAAAGGAAACAGAUUCUACGGAAACUUAAGUGCUGACAUUGGAAAGCUGAAUAAAUUAAAUUAUCUUGAUUUAAGUGGGUCAAUUCUAUCUGGUGAUAUACCUGAUAGCCUGUGUUCAUUGACCAAUUUGAAAUACCUGAACCUACAAGGAAACAAAUUCAGUGGUUAUUUAAAUGUAGACAUUGGAAAGCUGAAUAAAUUAUAUUAUCUUGAUUUAAGUGGAUCACGUCUAUCUGGUGAAAUACCUGAUAGUCUAUAUUCAUUGACUAGAUUGGAAUACCUGAACCUACAAGGAAACAAAUUCAGUGGUUAUUUAAAUGUAGACAUUGGAAAGCUGAAUAAAUUAUAUUAUCUUGAUUUAAGUGGAUCACGUCUAUCUUGCUUGAUACCUAAUAGUCUAUAUUCAUUGACUAGAUUGAAACAUCUGGAUCUAAAAGGGAACAACUUCAGUGGUUAUUUAAAUGACAAAAUUGGAAAGCUGAAUAAAUUAGUGUAUCUCGAUUUAAGUGGGUCAGGUCUAUCUGAAAAGAUACCCAAUAGUCUGUAUUCACUGACUAGAUUGCAAUAUCUGAAUAUACAAGGAAACAAAUUCAGUGGUUAUUUAAGUGAUGAGGUUGGAAAGUUGAGCGAAUUAUAUCACCUUGAUUUAAGUAAUUUAAGUCUAUCUGGCAAGAUACCUGAUAGUCUGUAUUCAUUGACCAAGUUACAAUACCUGAACCUAAAAAACAACAAUAUAAAUGGUAGUUUAUCUUCGAAGAUUGAUGGCCUGAAUAAUCUAGUUAAUUUAAACCUGGGUUUCAAUACAUUAAGCGGUAUUAUACCAAAUGAAAUCGGCAAUUUAACCAAUCUCAGAGUUUUAGAAAUACAAGAGAAUCAGUUUGAAGGUGACAUUCCUGAUCUCAGUCAUCUGGUAAAUUUGGUGCAUCUGAACAUUAGCUCAACGAAACAUACCCUGAAUGCGAAGUGUGAUGACACAAUGUUACCUCCAUCUAUUAUUAAGGAGAAUUGUUUGAUUAGACCUGUGACUACAAUCUGCAACAAUAUUACA